GAAAGUGUGGCAGCUGCUGAGGAAAAAAUAUGCUUAACUUGCCCAUUUUAAAGUGAAGUGCCGCGAUGAAUGCAUGCUCCACAGAGCAUGGUGAUGCAUUCGUGCCUGUCCUCCAGGGCCUAUGGGAGUAUGUCAGAGCAGGUCAGGAGAUGAUUCUGCUGUCCCCGUACCUCCCAGCGACCUGCGCCUUCCUGAUGCACGUCCUGCUCUGCGCACCGUUCUUCGCGCUAGACGCGCUGGGGAACGUCUUCCAGCGGGUCCGGUCGUGGAGGAUAGCUGCGGGCUCUGGACCGCCGCCGUCUCUCUGCCAAUGGUUGGAAUGUUUUUGGAGUGUGCUGUACAGGUACCUCACCACCGUCCUCCCAGUCACCGCGCUGUUUCAGACCCUGAGGAGCCCCACUUUCCCGGAACUGGCGCCGUCCUGCUGGCAGCUCUUUGUGGAAGUUUUCGCAUGUUUUCUGCUUUUUGACAUGCUCUUCUUUUUUUUGCACUUCACCAUGCACAGGGUUCCCUGGCUGUACCGUAACAUCCACCAUCUACACCACAAGCACCACAUACUCUUAGCUCUGGCAGCCCAGGAUGCCAGCUCGGUCGAGCUGCUGUCUUUGCUGCUGCUGGCUGUGAGCAGCACCUGGCUGGUGGGCUGCCACCCUCUGAGCGAAGUCGUCUUCCACCUCCUCAACAGCUGGCUGGCGGUGGAAGACCACUGUGGUUACGAUCUGCCCUGGGCUCUGCACAGACUGUUGCCCUGUGUGGGAGGAGCUCCCUACCACCAAGCCCACCAUAGUUUACAAGUUGGCAACUACGCCCCCUACUUCACUCACUGGGACCACCUUUUUGGGACAUAUCGAGCAUGAGUGAUGUGUUCAGGCACAUGUCCAUUCAAGACAUUUUAAAACUUAGGACCACAAAAUACAAUACCAAAAUACUAUGUAAUAAAAAUGAUAAUGCUGAUUGUAAUUGAUAAGAGUGGCAAUAAUAAUAAUGGUUCUGUGCUGUAAAUUGAAGCUACAGCUGGCAGCUUACUUAGUAUACUUAGUAUAAAGACUAGAAAGAGAGUUAAAGAGCAGUAGAGAGAGACCAAGAGGUGACUACCCCUGACCAAAAACAGUCAAGGACCUAACCCUCUGUAAAAUCACAAGAAGAUGUUUUUGCACAUUUUGAUACAUAUGUAGCAUGUUAUCUUUUGCACUUUGGUAAGCUGAUUUGAGCUUUUGAAAGAGUGGGAAGUACAAAUACUAUAAAUAUGCAGUAGGUUAUAAUUUGCACAUUUUUUU